AUGAUGAGUAGAAUUAGGACAUCUCUUGGAGUUUUAAGUCUUGGAUUUGGAUUGUUCACUGCAGAAGCUUUGUAUUCUGGAAAUGAACACUUUUAUAAGGAUUGGUUUUUACCUACUGCCCGUCUCUUAGUCCGUAAUGGUGAAACUGCCCACAAUUUAUCAGUUUACUUAGCAAGUCAUGGUUUUAUACCACAUAAACCUCGAAACGCAUUCCCUCAACUAAAAUGUAAAGUUUUUGGACUCGAAUUCGACCAUCCCAUAGGAUUAGCUGCAGGUUUUGAUAAAAAUGGAAAGGCAUUUAUGGGUCUCUUAAAUGCAGGAUUUUCACAUAUUGAAGUUGGAACUGUCACCCCGGAUCCCCAGCCAGGUAACGCACGUCCUCGUAUAUUCAGAUGGAACGAGAAAGAAGCGGUAAUAAACCGAUGUGGGUUUAACAGUGAUGGACAUGAUGCUGUAUAUGAAAGACUCAAAGAUCGUCCAUGGGAAGGUAGGCUAAUUGCCGUGUUUGGCGAAGUAGCUGACUAUUUAGUAAUCAAUGUAUCUAGUCCAAAUACCCCAGGACUACGCUCCCUACAGACUAGAGAAAAAUUACGCGAUCUCUUAUCUAAAGUUUUAUCAGCUCGAAAUCAAUUAUUGAAAAAAACUCCUAUUUUGUUAAAAAUCUCUCCAGAUGAAAAUGAUCAAAAUUUAAAAGAUAUAGUAGAAAUUGCUUUGGAUUCAAAAACUCGAAUAGACGGUAUGAUCAUUUCAAACACUACACUUGCAACUUAUGAAGAGGCUGUAGCUUGCGGUGCUGCUCCAAUACCAGGGAACAAUGAACAAAAUGUUGUUUAUGGUGGCUUAAGCGGUCGACCAUUAUUUGAAAAAUCAACAGAUUGUUUAAGGAAAGUUUCUGCAUUAACCAAAGGUGCUAUACCCCUGGUCGGUGUUGGUGGUAUCAGCUGCGGUGAAGAUGCAUUGUCCAAGUUGAAUGCCGGUGCAAGCUUAGUGCAAUUAUAUACAAGUUUUGUUUAUCAGGGACCGCCGGUUGCUCAUAAAGUCGCUAGAGAAAUUAAUAAAUUAAAAAUGGCAUCUUUAACUGUCGACUAA